AUUACUAGUAGUAAUAGUAGUAGUAGUGGUGGUAGUAGUGAUAGUAGUGGUGGUAGUAGUGGUAGUAGUAGUAUUACUAGUAUUACUAGUAGUAGUAGCAGUAGUAGUAGUAGUAGUAGUAGUAAUUCUCCCCGCGUGCGUUGUACAUCCAACUAUCACGUUUCAAUAAUUUCGAUUUGUUUCGUUUCGGAGAUUGAUGGGAAAUAAAAUAUAUUCAAACUGAAAAAUAUUGGAUACAAUUGCUAUUCGGUGUCGAUAGCAAAUGUUUGUUAUACAUAUUUGUAUCGGAUUAUAUAGGAUCGUACGUAUCUUAUAUACGUAUAUAUAUGCUCGAACUACACACGUACGUUUACAUUUAAUGGUUUUAGCUAUCGAUACGUUUCACGAACGAUGUUAUCUGUGAAAACAUUGUAUCUCGUAUUAUUAUACUUGUAUUAUUACGUAAUAUCGCUUUUGUAAAUAUUUGAUUCUUAACAAAAAUUGAAAUAAACAAAUUCCAUUAUCAUCGACAUUACCAGCAGCAUCGGUACACAGUUAUCAUCACUGCUGUAUCUUACUUUGUUAUUUAUAUCGAUAACUGUUAUUAUCCUAACAGAUUUUACUAUUUAUAUAUUACUAUUUUACCGUUACUACUAUCGUUAUUGUUAUUCUAAUUACCGUAGUAAUAGCGAUUGCUAAUUGGUAAUUGAUAAUUACCAAGUAUCUUUACCAUCGCACUAGCCGACACCCAACGCUUAAAACCCGAUACGUCGGUUGAUAGAUGAAACAAAACGACGUUGGAUGCAAAUUACGUUUCAGUGUUCGAAUCAAAGAAAAGUUCAUCUGAAAAAUUAACGAGCAGCAGAUACGAAAAAAUUGUAGUAGUAGUAGUAGUAGUAGUAGUAGUAGUAGUAGUAGUAGUAGUAGUAGUAAUAACAAUAAUAAGAAGAAGAAUUCGUUAACAGUAAAUAUGAAUUCUUCCUCUUCUUUCUUAUUUCAGUCAAUUUCUAUGGAAAUAACGACCAUUUCUAUGGUCGAUAAACUAGAUGUUUGGCACGUAAGAGUUAAUCGCGCUUCAACGUGUAACGCUAGAUGGCGAAAGUUUUAAAACUCAUUGUCAGCACUGUACUAACGUUUUCCGUACGCAUCGUAGUUUAUCGUUAGGAUUGUGGAUUAGAAUCAAGCAGAAAUGCCUUCAGAGUUACUACGUAUUUCAAGAGCUCCGACAUUACUAUAUCUUUGACUCAAAAUUGAUUUUCUCCUUGGAAACCUCUGUAUGAGAUAGCAGAAGAAAAUCACGAAAGAGAAUCGCUUUCUUUGAUUUUUCCAUCUAUUCGAUCGACAUCGGAGACACCGAAACGAAAUGAAGCCGAUCCAAGGUGCGAUAUGGUUGCUUGCAUUGGCGGUUGGAUGUAUAGCUUUACCGGCGCAAUUGCAAGCAAAUUCGAAGAAUGCGGGCAAAACGAAGCAAAGCAAGACGACGUCGUUGCAUUUGAGGCAGGGCGGGUCUAACGAUUCGGCAAUUAUGCCGAACGGUAGUAGGAACAUCGAUGAGAACAGCAUCGACGUUAACAACGAUACCAAGAUUGCCGGUAAGAACGACGUGGACGGCGCUAUUCUAUCGAAACCGCUUCCUCUCGGAAUUUCUGCUACUAUCGAGAGCAACGCGGUGCUCGCAUCAUCCUUACCGUCAUCGUCAUCAACCACGUCGGCAUCGACAUCGACAUCCACAUCCACGUCCACUUGGACGGAUCAUCCUCUCGCGGGAAUGACAGAGUUGUCCCCAGCGAGCGGUUCUUCGUCGCCGCCAAUUAGCAAAACAGAAUUUAGUUCAGCAUCGACGAGCAACCGCGGAACGACCAUGACCACGAGAAUCGCGCUAAAUACCAGCACUUCUAAUACAAGCUUGAGCGUGUUUCCUACCGAAGCUUCUUCAAGAACCAUCGCUACCAAUCGAGAUACGGCUACCUUGCUAUCUUCCUCGAAAAAGUCCACCACGAACUCGAACGAAUUUGUUACUACUCCUGCUACGGCUUGGUCGAAGGAGACGCGAGAAUCAGCCGGAAAAAUUCGCCCUCAAAUUAAGCUGACGACAAACUACACUAGUCUGACCGAGACAGGAGUACGACUACCGGAGGGUGCGAGCGCAGCUCUGGCAAAACCAACCAAGUAUCAUUACUAUCCGCAUAAUCAGCACAUCUACUUGUUACCAGAAUGCGCUGUUCAGCAGGUUUGCAAUGCAGUUUACGUCAGACUCAACUUUACCCAGCCUCUGUGCGCUUGUCCAGGAAGAUACCGCGACCCUUGCAGCGCCUCUCUCGACAGCGACGAUCUCCACACUACGGAGCUGGUCACCGACCCUCGAACCAAGGCCCUAACGUUGGUGAAAACGUGCGAACCAGUGGCGGAAAUGCGCGAAUGUAGAAUACCGAGGGACUGGUCUCUUCUCGCGCUACAAAACGUGCGAACGGGAAAGUCUCAUUACCUCGUGAUAUGUCGCUGUCCCGAUGCCAACAUAUUGGAGGGUCCUAUGAGUCACGAUCAACCAACAUAUGCCAGUGUACCAGGGAUUCGGGUUUACGGGAUGAUGUGCGUGCAAGGAAAUCGAAAAGGCCGACAACUGCGGUAUACCCGCGCUCUUUCAGAUCGUCCCCAACGAGAAAUGGCCCAAGAUUCUCACAAUGACGGAGAAAACACGAACGAACGAUUGAACUUUCCAUGGUACAAGGUACAACAACUUAUGGAUAUAGCUGUUUGGGACUAGAUUCGUUGAUUAAACAAACAACUUUCGACGAUACGAUCAGUAGACAAUAUGCUUAGCGGCGUACCCUAUUUCUAUUUAUUCGUUGUAAGCGUCUCUCUCUCUCUCUCUCUCUCUCUCUCUCUCUCUCUCCUUCUCUGCUUCGCUUCGCCCUCAAUUUAUUUAUCGAUUCGUCUGUUUCUUACGUUUAUUUAUAUAUAUCAUACGUAUCUAGAUGUAUAUGUAUAUCUAUCCCUACCGAGGCACGUUUAUAACAUCAACGACCAGAUCGUGAAAGCUGCGUGUAUUGUAUCCUUUCGUAGAUUUGUCUGUUAUAAUUUGGACUACACGACGUGAUUCUGCGUAACGAUCGAACGUAAUCAGCGUUCAAUAUUUCAUUUCUAGUAUCGUCGUCACUCAACGUGUCACUCUCUUUCCUUAAAACCUUAAAUCCUUCAUUCGAAUUCGAUCGUUUACUUACAUUACUACCUUCUGUAUUCCGCGUAGUAACAAACGAUAGUAGAAUAACACCGAAUGCCAAACGUAUCGUACGAUGAGCGGAAAAUUAUAGGUGGUUGUGUCCGUUUAUCCGAUUAGAAUAACGAAUUAAUCGUACGAAUACUAUCGUCCUCCAUUUAUGGUGAAUCUAUGGUAAAAUUAAUGAAAAAGGCAGCUACAAGUAUUUUACUAGCUGUCAAAAUUCUUGCUGCUAAAAUGCUCACAGAAUCAUUUUAUCAUUAAUAUGUUACGCAAUUCUGUAAGAUAGACUCUUUGUAAAUCCUAGAGAGAAGAAGCGCAUCGUGUUAAAUUAAAAAAUAUUAUGUCCUACUAUACGGAUUACGAUCGCGUGAAUCGUACUUGGGUGAAUUCACGUUGAGAAAGAAGUCGCGAAAGAGAUCGUGCCGAAUUAAUUAUUCCGUUUGAAAUUAUACAGAAACGAAAUCGAACGAUACAAGCCAGAUUUUUUGAUAGUAAAA